GCAUCGCCUGCCUUACUGAGAGCGUCCAUAGCAGCCAGUGGAUGUUGACACCGGGAAUCCUUUAAUUUACAUCUGAACUGCGAUUUCAAGGCAGCGAGGGUGGUUUGGUGUGAUUUAAAUGUUUUCCAGGUUGUUAAUGGUGUGGAAAUGACCUCAAACAAUCCAGCAGUUUUUCUUCUCAUGGUUAAUGGGCAAAUCGAAGAAGCCGAUUUCCCAGAAUAUGAUGAUCUUUACUGCAAGUAUUGCUUUGUUUAUGGACACGACUGGGCGCCCACAUCAGGCUUGGAAGAGGGAAUUUCUCAAAUAACAUCAAAAGGUGGAGGAUCUCAGAGUUUGGUGUGGAAUUUCCCAUUGGACAUCACAUUCAAAAGCACGAACCCAUUUGGCUGGCCCCAGAUUGUGGUUAGUGUGUAUGGCCCCGACACUUUUGGAAAUGAUGUUGUGAGAGGUUAUGGAGCCGUACACAUCCCGUUUACACCUGGAAAACACACCAAGACCAUUCCUAUGUUUGUUCCCGAAUCUACAUCAAGACUUCAGAGGUUCACAAGCUGGCUGAUGGGACGGCGUCCAGAGUACACAGAUCCCAAGGUUGUUGCUCAAGGAGAGGGAAGAGAAGUUACGAGGGUGCGCUCACAAGGUUUUGUUACACUACAGUUCAACAUUGUGACUAAAGACAUGAAGAAACUGGGUUAUGAAACUACAUCAGAGCAUUCACCUGCUACAGGACUGGCAAGAACAUCACAACAGCUUUAAUAACCACUUUCAGGAUAUAUUUUUUUAAAUCCUAU